AUGGUAAAUGAGGUACUUUCUCGUCGUAACUCUGAUGUUCAAGAAAAGCAGGAUAGCAUGGACGCCAAGUCAGCAUUACCAAUUGAGACAACAGCUACACAAUCAACUCACCAUACCGGUGCCAUUGAUGAUUGCAAAGACAUUAAGGAUUUACAAAAUAUUUCUUCAACUGAGAAGAUUGAAGGGAUAUCAAUUCACAAGAAGUACCUUGGAUACAGAAAUUGUAAUGAGAAUAUGAUUAAUAAGCCCUCUGCACAAUUGGAUCGCUCAAAAAGUGAUGAAGAAUUAUCCAAGGCACUCCAGCAAUGGCUUCAAAGCUCAUUGAUCACAGUCUUUGUGUUUGAUCUCAUUGCUUUUGGUUUGGCUGUUGCCGCUGAGCGAAGGAGAAGCACUGCAACAAUCAGGCAGGAUAAUGAAGUGAAUUAUAACUACUGUGUCUAUGACUCAGACAUUUCAACUGGGUUAGGUGUUGGUGCAUUUUUGUUCCUCAUGGUCAGCCAAGUCCUUAUAAUGGUGGCCAGUCGAUGCUUCUGCUGCGGAAAAGCUUUAAGCCCGAGCGGUUCAAGGGCUUGGGCAAUCAUCCUUUUCAUAAUUUGCUGGGUGUUUUUCCUGAUAGCUGAGAUAUGCUUGUUGGCGGGUUCAGUGAGGAAUGCUUAUCACACCAAGUACAGAACCAUUUUCAGUGAGAACCCUCCCUCUUGCCAGACCUUGAGAAAAGGAGUUUUCGGGGCAGGUGCCGCCUUCGUUUUCUUCACUGCCAUAGUCUCCGAAUUCUACUAUGUUUGCUAUUCCAGGGCCAGGGAGAGCUUCCAGUCGUAUGGAGGCGAAACCGGUGUCGGCAUGGGAACCUACAAAUGAGCCUUUUCCAGGGCGAUUUGAUGCAUUAACUUGCACACUCUUUGAUGGCUUUUCAGUUGCAUUUUGUGUAUUAUGUGUUCAGUUUAGUCAUUGAUAGAUCAUAUUCUCCAUUGUA